UUUGGAAUUCGACUGAAAAUUCAUAAUAAGUGCUGACUGAAAGUCGUGAAAAGUAUUUUAUUAAUUAAACACUAAUUAAGCGAGAUGGCUGAUAAAGAGAAAGCAAAGAUCGAUCUUGGAUUAUUAGAGGAAGACGAUGAAUUUGAAGAAUUUCCAGCAGAAGACUGGGUAGAAACAGAAGGAGACGAUGAAGAGGCAUUAACAGUAUGGGAAGAUAAUUGGGAUGAUGAUAAUCUCGAUAACUUGGAUGAUUUUAAUGAGCAAUUAAAACAACAAAUGCAAAAAUAAACCAAUCCUUUCUCAUUAUACUUAAUUUCUAAGGUUUAAUAAAUAUCUUUUCAAUAU